AUGAACAGCCCAACGCUACGAACUGAUAAUGUGAUGGCCGGUCCACCAGCUCCUCAACAUAGCACAGCCCAAAGAUCUGGCUCCGUUCACGUCGGACCACCAGGAUAUGCUCAGCAGCAGCAACAAAACAAUCAACAACAGCAACAACUACAACAGCAACCGCAACCACAACAGCAGCAACAACUACAGCAACAACCGCAACAACAACAACAACAACUGCAGCCACAACAACAACAACAGCAACAACAACCUAUGGUUAUGAGUCCAUCACCUCAACCACAAUAUGGUCUUGGCCAAAUGACGAACAUGAUCCAGAGCCCUGUCCUUCCAGGGUUAAUCCCACCACAACAGUACAAUCCAUUCAAUCAACUGCCCAUGCAGCAGAUGCCACAACCCAUUGGAAGUGUAUACGGACAACAGCCUAACCUGUAUAUGCCCCUUCAGCAAGUUCCUGCAGCUACCCAGCAGCAGUCUCAGUUCCAACCUCAACCUCAACUACAACCUCAAGGUGAACAAUUAGUCCUACUUGUUUUUGACAUUCCUUCAACUCUCCAAAACCACUUCAUUAUUAUAAAAUGA